CAGCAGCUAGUCUUUUGUGUGCUGUUGUGGCUCUCAGUCGGUUUACUUUCAUAAUUUUUCUUUAUUGUUAAUAUUGUUUCGGAGAAGAAAGACUACAUCUUCAUUAUAUACAUAUAUACAUAUAUGUAUAUGUAUAUAUAUAAAUCUAUCUACGCGCACACAUAAAUAUAUAUAUAUACAUAUAUACAUAUGCGCGUGGUGUAUUGAUGGCCGUGUUGAUAAAAAUGUACAAAAAACAUCAAAUGUGAUCUGUCGUUUCUUCUGUCACUACAUUAAGUUUUACAAAAGGACAAUUUUCUCGUAUAACGUCUAUUGUUAUCAUUUUUACAAAGAAAAUUUCUCGUUCGCGAAUCUACAACAUAUUCUAUUGAAAUCCGUUUUAAUUUUGCCAUUAUAAUUAACAUAAUAAAACACUAAUGUGUCAUUGGUUCGUAUUAUACUAUUGCACGUGGUAUACGGCUCCGUUAACGCGGUAAGUUAUUGAUCGUUUUUAAUAUUUUUUCAUCCUCGAAGGAUUCCUCGACAAAUUCGAUUUUUUUUCAAGUGCGAGUGAAAAUAUUGUACGGAAAUUUCGGUGAAAACAAAGUGUAAAUCGACUUGUGCGUGCGAACUCAAGUGCUUAACAAAUCACCGCGUACCACUGCUACUAAAUGCACGUGUUUCAAUAACGAUAUGUAACAUAAUAUACAUUGUUACCGCCGUAAUUUUAUAACGCGCCGGUCUUAGGUUUUUUUUUCCUACCUACCGCUUCUUCUUUUCCUCUUUUACUCUCAGUGACCGCGAGUGAAAGUGAACGCGUGUGCACCGUGUGAGUUGGGAAAAAAAAAAUAACAAUAAUAGUAAUAAUAAUAUUAUUAAUAAUAAUAAUAAUAAUAAUAAUAAUAUAACAACGACGAGCGCGUACAGAAAGAAAGUGGAUACGCUCAUUGCGUGACAUUGUAAACGCGCGCCGGAAUCCAAGGUAAACCGCUGCUGUUACUACUCUUGUUAUUGAAGUGAUAGUUCUCGAGCGAUACACAUACGCGCGUUUACACGCACGCACGCAUAUAAACACACGCGUUCGCCAGUCGUGUUUAUUAUUAUUUACUAGCGCCAAUCGCUCUAUUGGCCCGUGUGCUCAAGUACGCGCGCGCCCGACACGGGUGAAAGAAGAAAGUGACGGCUGCGAGCAUUAACGAAACUCGAGUGCAGCACUCCUUCGGCUGACCAACAAUCGUUCGUUCGUCAACGUCAUCGUCGGGCGGCGGAUGUUACGCCAUCACCGCGCGAUCGUAACAACAGCAACCGUAGUGGUACCAUACUGCCGGCAGUACGGGUCAAUGUCGAUGCGCCGUGUCGACGGGCCAUCACCGAGCAGCGCACAGCAGUACGGCAGCAAAGUGUCAGCGUUGUAGCGUCAACACCACUACUACUACUACUAACUACUACUACAUCGUAACGCGACUGUAUUCGUGACUAUGUCGUGCACUUGAAGAAGGAAACGAAAAACGUAAAUAAAAAAAUAAUAACGGAUAAGACAGCGGAAACGACGAGUCGUACGUAUCGUGUCGCCCAUCCGUAUUGUCGUCGCACACCGAUCGCGCGGUACUUCUUUUGGACGAGCCCAUUGCCAUGAGGUCACACUCCAUAAUAAUCAUCAGUGUCAUAAUGAUGUUCCGGUGCGCCGACGGCGUGUCACCGCCGGCCACCAACACGGACCGAGCGGUUCUGGUUUCGUCGUCCUCGGCGUUGCCCGCCCGGUCCAACGGUCGGUUGAUGUCACAGCAGCAGAAACGGGUCAACAGAGACACCGACGGAGGCACGGACGACUUCUACAACGACCACGACAGCAACGAUAGAUCGGACGCGUACUCGCAUCGCACGGUCAACACGUAUCACCACGUGAGCGACACGGACGGCGGUGGCUGGAUCAUCGGCGGCAGCCGUCGCCGGGCACCCGAGACCACGCAGAAGUACUAUCAGGAAAAGACGACGGCGAGCGAACAGCCUAGCAAGCAGCGCGAGCCCGACGACGACAAGCGCCUGUGGCCCGGACCGGAAGCUGCGUCUUCGCUGUCCGAAGUGCAAGUGGUCGUGCACCAGUCACCGCAUCGCGAGGUGGCCGCCAACGACCAGCAGCAGCAACAAUCGUCCGACGCGGCGUCCAAGUGGUACUCGAAACGGCUGUCGUACGCGACCAAAUCGUCUCUGGCUGCCACUGCGUCCACGCCGUCUUCGCUGCCGCAGCAGCAGCAGCAACCGGUGACCGCGGGGAGCAACGCGGUGCUGUUGGCCGAGGUGCUAGGGCAAAAGUCCGGUUUCAACAUGACCGCGGGCAAAGGCGCCGCGGCCGGUUACUACGGGUCAACGACGACCGGUUCCAAAGGCUUUCAGAACGAUCUCAUGGACAUGUUGGGUAAAAUGAUUCCUCAAACAUGUUGGUACAAUGGUAACAAAUUCGAUUGUGGACUUAGUAUAUCUUGCGUUCUGGAGGGUGGAAAACCAGUUGAUCUGUGCAGUGGUGGAAUGAUUUGGAGCUGUUGUGUAUCCAGAGACAAAAUUCAGACAUCCGGAUCUUCUUCGUCAUCCUCAUCGUCAUCAUCGUCGUCAUCAGCCGUGACAGCCGCGUCUAAUUCGGUGGGAACAAUAGAAAAUGCCACUAUACAGUUCCUGAUGCAAUACCCUGAAUUUCAACAACACUACAAUUUGUAUAUGCUCCAACAACAACAACAGCAGCAACAGCAUCAACAACAACAACAACAACAUUUGCAGAUACAGCAACAGCACCAUUACAACCAUCAGCCUACGACGGCGGCGAGUUAUCUGGACAAUUAUAUAAGCGACGUGAGCCCGUCGUCUCAGUCGUUCAUCACCGACCAGACGGCCAAACCGUCUUACUAUUAUCAGCAAGAGCACCAGCACUACCAUCCGUACUACUAUCAGCACCACCAGAGUCAUAUGGGGGUCGGAGGGUCGAACGGGCAUUGGCACAUGAAUGGUAUCGGUAGCACGUCGACCAGCACAGCAUUGCCGCCCACGCCGCAGAUAAUGUUUCAUAACAAUCACGGCACCGUCUUUUAUUCCACGCACAAGCCGCCGUCGUCGUCCACGUCGGCCACGUUCGCCCAUAUCACACAGAUCGGUGGCAGUGGCGGUAGCGUUGAAGAUCAGCAAGUGCAACAACAGCAGCAGCAGCAGCAGCAGCAACAACAACAACAACAACAACAAAGUCAGUUGCUACACUACAUGCCGUCAGGAUAUCGUGGUUGUGGAGAAUUAUACGCUAGAAGCCAUAGAAUCGUGGGUGGACAUGGAUCAAACUUUGGUACUCAUCCAUGGCAGGCCGCAAUCAUCAAGUCAGGAUUUUUGUCAAAAAAAUUGUCAUGUGGUGGAGCUCUUCUGAAUAAUCGAUGGGUAGUAACCGCUGCACAUUGCGUGGCCACCACGGCGAAUAAUAAUUUAAAAGUACGACUCGGUGAAUGGGAUGUACGAGAUCAAUCAGAAAAGUAUUCACAUGAAGAGUUUAACGUAGAACGCAAAGAAGUACAUCCGCAGUAUAGUCCUACAGAUUUCCGUAAUGAUGUGGCAUUGGUUAAAAUUGACCACGACGUAGCGUUUAAACAGCAUAUUAUUCCUGUAUGUUUGCCGAGUGCAGUAGCCAAAUUGGUCGGAAAGACCGCCACUGUAGCUGGUUGGGGCCGUACUCGACAUGGAGUUGCCACAGUUCCUACGGUGCUUCAAGAAGUACAAGUCGAGGUAAUACCUAACGAAAGAUGCCAAAGAUGGUUCCGAGCGGCUGGUCGCCGAGAAACUAUUCAUGAUGUGUUCCUAUGUGCGGGUUACAAAGAAGGAGGUCGAGACAGUUGUCAGGGUGACUCAGGUGGACCACUGACAACAAUGUUGGAAGGACGAAAAACAUUAAUCGGGUUAGUCUCGUGGGGAAUUGGAUGUGGUCGUGAACAUUUGCCCGGCGUGUACACAAACGUGCAGCGGUUUGUACCAUGGAUCGACAAAGUAAUGACGUGAUAUUAAUUUAAUUUAAUCAUUUAAAUUUUUUUAAUUUUUGAUUUAUUUUUAUAUUUUUUGAUACUUAAGAUU